UGAGCGAGCCCGUACCAGAGGGCCUGGGCGGGCGGCGGAGGGAUACGUGACGUCACAGCUAACACUACGCCCCUUUCAAGUUGAAGAGCGUGAGGGCGGCCCGAGUGUGUAGUCCGCUGUGAGCUGUGUCUAUCUCAGUGUAGCCUGUAGCACAAUGGCAUCUGGAGUGAAAGUAUCGGAUGAAAUCCACAAAGCAUAUACAGAUAUCAAAAAGAGCAAGAAGUAUAGGUACAUAAUUUUCCACAUUAAGGAUGAUAAGGAAAUCUGCAUCGAAACGUAUGGUGAGAGAGAUGCUGCAUAUGAUGAUUACCUACAGCACCUGAGCAAUGUGGGACCUGAUCAGUGUCGUUAUGGUCUCUACGACUUUGAGUACGAGCAUGCAUGCCAAGGAACAUCAGAUACAAAGAAGCAGAAGCUGUUCUUGAUGUCUUGGUGCCCAGAUACUGCCAAGAUAAAGAAGAAAAUGCUUUACUCUUCCAGCUUUGAUGCCCUCAAACAUGCUUUGGAAGGUGUAGGCAAAUAUAUCCAGGCUACAGACAUGGCUGAAGCAUCGUAUGAAUGUGUGUUGGAAAAAUGUCGCUCUACAGAUCGUUCCUAAGCUUGCGAUGGGAGGCCCCUCACUAAGCAGCCCUUGUCCUAUGUAUUGUCACUCAACACCCCAGUGUAACACUGGAUUUGGUUCUGGCCAACCCCACUGCACUGUGAGGGGCCCAUCAGCACCACCCGCACUGCGGUCAAUGCUGCCCUAGUCAUGCCCGGGCCGCAACUGUUACUACACUACCCAUGCAGCAUCAGGGGAUUCAUUGUUUUAUAUACUUGUGAUUAUAUUAUUAUUAUUUUGAUUACAAUUUAAUUGGUUGGUGUGUAGGUGGGUGGCAGCAGUUGUGCACUGGUUAAAGCUCUGGCUUAGUGACCAGCCACUCUCUUGUUACCCUAAUGAAGAGGCAUUGGCUUGUUUGACAUGUCGCAUGAAUGAAAGAUCUAGUGCAAUCUGUCAAAUGCAGGAGCUAAUGUCUUUAGUUUUCAGACAGCACAAGUAGCAUUGUGGGUGUUCAUAAGUUACUGGAUUUCCUUGAAACCAAUCAAAUUAUUGGCCCAAUGCCUCUGAUUAGUUGCCCUUUAACAUUACCAGUGUCACCCGCUGCCACGUGUUGGCCAAGGCAAGUUUAGUAUUACAUGAAGCUCUUCCAUUUGUAUGUUAUGUCAUUACAUGUGAAAAUGUCAAUCUGCUACUUCCGACUUUCAUUUAAGUAUACUAAGCUUUAUAUAACUGAAUCGUAUUGAUAGGCAUUGGCUCAAAUUACUUUUUUGUAAUUGAAACUGCUCAAAAUCUUCUGUUGCAUCAGGUGUUGCAAUUAUAGAAAACAGUUUAUUACUUAAAAGGUUUUGUAUGAUUUAAUUGUAGGAUGUCAACUUGUCUAAUAAAUUUCUUUUUAAU